GUGACGUCAUCAGGCGGCGCCGCUUCAGCUGUGAUUCAGCUGGAGAAAGGAUAAAGUGUCCAAACACAGAGAAAAACUCCUGAUGGCGUUUAUUAAAGAGGAGAGUGAAGAUGUGACGAUUGAAGAAACAUUCAGAGUCAAACAGGAAGAUCUGCAGGAACAAACAGACCUAAUUGAAGAGAAUGAGGGAAGUAAAGAGGAGGAACAUCAUGUCAAAAUUGAGGAAAAAACUCAUUUACAGACUGAUAGUAUUUUGAAAAGAAGAGAUGAGAAUUGUUUCAUCUGCACCUGCACUCAGUGUGGAAAGAGUUUUGGAAGAAAAGGCAAUCUUAAGAUUCACAUGAGGAUCCACACUGGAGAAAAACCAUUCACAUGCACCCAGUGUGGUAAGAGUUUCAACCAAUCAUCAAACCUUAAUAAUCACUUGAUGAUCCACACUGGAGAGAAACCAUUCACAUGCACUCAGUGUGGUAAGAGUUUCAACCAAUCAUCAAACCUUAAUAAUCACUUGAAGAUCCACACUGGAGAGAAACCAUUCACAUGCACUCAGUGUGGGAAGAGUUUCAGCCAUUUAUCAUCCCUUAAUCGACACAUGACGAUCCACACUGGAGAGAAACCAUUCACAUGCACUCAGUGUGGGAACCGUUUGGCAAGCAAAAGCAAACUUAAGAUUCACAUGAUGAACCACACUGGAGAGAAACCAUUCACAUGCACUCAGUGUGGGAAGCGUUUCAGCCAUUCAUCAUCCCUUAAUCGACACAUGUGGAUCCACACUGGAGAGAAACCAUUUACAUGCACUCAGUGUGGGAAGAGUUUCAGCCAAUCAUCAUCCCUUAAUCUACACAUGAUGAGCCACACUGGAGAGAAACCAUUCACUUGUACUUAAGCUGCACUCACACUGGACUUUUCUCUCCAUAUACUUCCAAAUUAUACGCACGCGAAUGCGUCAGACCGGAAAUGCAAGUUCGUGCGUCACGUUUUGCAGUUCACUACGUUGCAAAGUUCAAGCUUGGUGAACUCUGAUCUGCGAAAUCGCAUCACUUGACUGUGUGAGACCAAUCGAAUAUCAAAACAUGACCUCUCUGGACCGAAAUUUAAAAUAUGGACCAAUCGCUCACAUUUUAUUGUUAAUUACUCUCAUAUAAAGAAACUGUUGAAGCAAGUGUUGAAGAGAAGUUAUUUUGUUCCUGUUCGUUGUUUUAUUUAUUGUAAACAGAACAUUUUUAUUGUUUUGUUAUUUUUUAACAGGAUAAAGUGUCCAAACGCAGAGAAAAACUAUAUAUAAUAAGUCAUGACUAGUUGGUGGAAAUAAACAUGUAGUAGUAAUGAACACUUUUUACUUGAAGGGCACCUAUUUUACCCCCUUUUCAAGAUUUAGGAUAAGUCUUUUAUGUCUGUACAGUUUCAGCUCAAAACACCCAUCAGAUUAU